AUGGAAAAUCCCACAGUUCUCUCCGCCAGUAGCAGUGGAAGAAGAAGCAGCGCCUCUAAUUCGCCGGAAUUCGAGUUCUGGAUGGUCAGAAAUCCCUCUUGCCCUGAAACCUUCCUUCAUUCUGCCGAUGAAUUGUUCUCCGGCGGUGUUCUCCUCCCCCUUCAGCAACUCAAUACCCGCAACUCCGACACCACCAUUAACCCUCCAACCAUAACCACCGUCGCCGACCUGAAUUCCGGACCCAUUUCCGACUCGGAAACCACAUUGGUCGCACCCAAACGAUGGAAAGAUAUGUUCAAGAAGAACUCAGUGAGUAAAGAGAAAGAGAAGAAAAAGAAUGAGAGAAAUGGUGGGACGGGUAUGGCGGAGCUGAAUAUAAAUUUAUGGCCAUUUUCGCGGAGCAGAUCGGCCGGGAACAGCGGGAGUAGGCCGCGAUCGCCGGCUAGCAACCGGAAAGUCAGUAGUGCGCCUUGCUCGAGGAGCAACUCCGCCGGAGAAUCCAAAUCUAAGAAGUGGCCGAGCAGCCCAAACCGUGGUGGGGUCCAUGUCGGUCGGAGUAGCCCGGUGUGGCAGAUCAAGAGAGUCGGGUCGGGUCGGAGUUUACACGACAACUUAGUUCGCGUUGCUGCUGAAAAGGGUGCUUUCAAAAAGGAAAAACCCGAAUCUCGCCGGAGCAAGAAGACUACGGCCGGCGCAAAGGCUAAGGUGUUAAACCUGAAGGUUCAGACAUGUAUCGGUUACCGCCACCAUUUGAGUUGUAGGAGUGACGAAAUUCAAGAAGACAAAACCGUACGUGUCGCCGGAGUAGAAAUCCGCAGCAGCGGCAUUCUUCCCGGCGGUGAAGGUCCAGGUGGGAGUAAUCUGUCGAAUUUGAGAAAUCUGUUCGCCAAAAAAGUGUAUUAAUUAAUUUGAUAAAAAGAAAAAUGGUAUUUUAGUGAUUUAUUGUUAUGUAAGUAUUGAUGUCUUGUUGUGAUGUAUCAUGCACAUGAGUCUUUUAUUUGUGAUGUAUCAUGCACAUGAGUCUUUUAUCGAUUAAAAUGUUGUACAUUAAGGUACUAC